CCAGUGGAAGAAGGCCUCCACUACGAUUGCCCUAGUUACCAUAGUAAUUUGGAACUCUUGCAGUUCCCUAAGGCCAACUGGCACCUUGACUCUGGACCCGCAAUAGAGUUGCCAUGCAGCUGUUUUAAGGGUAGAGGAACUCUGCCAGGAGGGCUGCAAGCCACAGGACACCUGGGUCCUCUUCAAGGGACAAGCCUGCGCAGCAGGUUUAGGGGUUUCCCCACUGGGAGCCUAUGAACGCUGUGAUCAUCUGGGCUGGGACUGUGUGGGAGUUCUUAUCCUGGCAGCAGGUUCUUCCAGUUCAAAGUUUAAUUUAGUUAGAUUGGCUACCUCCUUGGGCAGAGUUAAGGGUGACAGGGUGGAGCCAUAUUUCAUAGGGAGAUUAAGUGCUUCAGAGGGAGGAGAGGAGCGAAGGAGCGCAACCAUCGGGAAGGAGAAGGAUCUUUGAGCAAAAAAGAUGGCGGCCGUUAUCGGGGGAAUUUCCCGGCUCUUCCAGCCAACAAUUGGGGUACUGUCUGCAGAGAAGUUAUGCCAGGGUAUCAAUCCGUGGUACUUCCUCAUUGGCCUCCGCAUGGUUACUCUCUUUUUUGCUUUUGGACCCUGGGACUCCCUCAAGACCGAUAUGAUUUGCCAGUGGCCCAAAGAUACUGGCGAUGCAAAGACGUUCUGUUCGGUCCUCUGCUAUAACCAGCUGUUCCCCAUCCCUGUCUCGGCCCUCUGGACCUUCCACUUCAUCGCCAUCAUCUUCACUGUGGCGCUCAUGAAGUUUGUGUACGUUUCGACGACGGACAAAUCCGGGAAGCCUGGGGAAGCAGAGCCAAAGCCUGGGGAAACCGGGUGCUGCGAAACGGUUGGCAAACCUAGAUUUGGCGGCUGGAGAUACGGGAUCUACAUCUUCACCAUAGUCUUGAUUUUGGCCAUAGAGCUGAGCUUCAUGUGGACCCUCAUUGGCCUCCAGUUACCAAUUAUGACCCGAGGAAUCGUCACAUGCCGCCCAAACAACCCAGUAUGCCCCGAAACGGCCCAGUGCGCCCUCAACGGACGAGCCGACAAGCGGGCCAUUUUGUGGGUUCUGGCCUUUUGCGCGGCAGCCAACGUCUGCGUCUGCAUUGGCUAUCUGGCCUCACAUGGCGGGCAGGCCUGUGGUUUUUGUGGCGGCAGCGGCGGCGGCACAAGGAAGCCUGCGGCCGGUCACUGCGGCAACUGUGAUGGAGAGGCCGGGGAACGCGGCUGUCUCCGUAACGGAGCAGGAUGUCGCAAUGCCCAGGGCGAUGGCCUGGGAUGGGAAGGGGCAUAUGGCUACCGCAGUGACUGCAGUGCGGCAGGACCAGCGGGAUGCAGGUGCCAGGCAGAGGGAGCGAACUGCUGCUGCCGCCAAGGCAACAGCGGCGGCAAAAACGCGGCCUGCGGCUGUCAGGAGAAUCGGCACUGCCCCUGCUACUUCCAGGGUAGUGAGGCGGGGCAUAGCCGGAGCUCCAUGCCCACCAAGGAGGAUUCGGAGGGGAAAUUGCUAAGGGGAGACAUAGAACUGGGCCCGGAAAAGAAGAACUGGACUGUUGGGAUGAUGCAAAUGAAAGAGCCAAUGAGGCCUGGGCCCAAAAGGGGCCGAGGUAGCCCAGGAGGAGGGAAGGGGGUAAAAUAUAUGGCAAAGUAUGAGAUGUGGGGCAAGAGGAGGGUGUAGGGUGGGAGCGAGUGACGGGGAGGAAGUGGAGAGCUACCUUAAAGGAUUGCCACAGGGCUGGCCUUGCCACAUAGCCGGGGGAUAUGCGGCCUGCCUCAAGGGGCAUCAUAAAGGCACAAGAGGAGGAACUGAGGAAGGCAAGAAUGGGGCAGCAAUGCAUUUUAAGUGGUUGGCCCUCAUGUGGUUGAGUGGGGUGCUAUUUGGGCUUCACUCCAGGCCACAACAGGGCAUGGGCCACCAUCAUUCUGGAUUUUGCCUGCACUGUGUCUUGACAGAACGCCAACGCUUCUUUUCAUUUUCUAAAGAAUCGCGUAUUUCAAAUGCUACCAUGCACAUACCGACAAAAUGAGUCGAGAUCAAAAUGACACAUGGAAAUUUGGUGCAAGCCCCACACUCCAAGUCUAGGGUGCUCUGAAUUUUCUCCACACACUUUAGACAAUCGGACGAUUGAAAAUGGUAAAACUAACCCACCCCUUCUCUUGGAUUAGAAUAAUUUUAUACCUUUUUUUUUAUUAAAAAAAAAUCUACCGGUAAUUAUUUAGUCACUAACAGGUAACUCACUCAACGAGCCCAGAAGUUACCGUAUUUUCUUAGAAUAU